CCCUUGUGACAAGAAACAUCGAAAAGGUUAAGAAGAGGAAAAAUUUAAAGAGUUGCAAAAGAUGGCUUUAUUACAUCUGCAAUUAUUGCUGUUGUUUGGCUGUUUCCUUCAAACAAGCACAUUGCAACCUGCUCGAGGUUUGUAUAGUGGAACUAGAAUUAAUUCUUUAAUAGCUUUAUUCAUCAAUUACAACUUCAAUUUCCGAAUCAGGUUAAAAAAUUGUUGUAAUCUGGACAACGAAUCUGAGCCACAAACAAUUACUAGAUCAACUUGUAUUAUCAUGGUACUAUUGUCGCAAAUUUAGAAAACCCUUACCCAAUUGGCAAUUGAAUUUUUACCAACAACUCCUGGUUAGGUGAAAUAACACUCGGAAUUUCCAUCUACAAAUUCUCGCAACAAUUAGUUCUACUUAAUGAGAUGAAACCGUUUGUUGAUUAUACCUCACGACAUAAUUGAAGCAAUUGUAGUAUGUUCAAUAUUGUUGUGGGAGGCAGAUGGGGGAUUAUGGAGCAAUUUAUGGAGAAUUAUUGCAGUUGUAGUAACCUCGAAGAGGAAAUUCUUUCAUUGAGUGUCGCCGAUGGCUUUGCCAGAAUUGUAGCUAUAACUUGUCUUUUCAAGUGCUUAAUUGAUUUAUUCAACAACGUCCGAAUCACUUUUAAAACGAUCAAUUGAACAUUGCGGCGCUAAAUGCUGUGGGCUGUGAAAGAAAAACAAUUUUAUGUUGGUAAAUAAGCUUUUAAUUUGAGUCUACUUUUGAGAAACACAAUCUGGCCGUAAUUAUCUAAACUUGCUUUAUUCGACAAUUUCCGAAUCAGGUUUAAGAAGAAUGAGUAUUAUAGAGCUGAACGCUGUGCGCCAGUGCAAUGAAAGCAUUUCUGCAUUUGCAAAUAGGAAAAGCUUUGUAAUUUGAACCUAAAUUUCGAUCCUAAGUUUUAUUGAACAAUUUCCUUAUGAUUACUUGCCCACUUCCGAAUCAGGUUAAACAAAAUUAUGUUGGUUGGAGCUUGCGCGCGCGCGCCAUGAUAUAGAAAAACAAUUUUAUGUUUGUACAUAACAAAGCUAUCAAUUUGAACUUAAUUCUUAGAAGCGACGAAGAUAUUUAAAAGUAAUUAUUUUGUGUACACAAAUACAGUGGCAACAGCUUGAACGCGAUUAGCAGCGAGAUCAGCACGAAAAAGAGUUUCGUCCGCUAUGAACCACAGAGUACAAGGUCUUAUACUUUGUGUGGAAAUUACUUUGGUAUAAGAAAAGUUAAAAAAUACACGUAAUGUAGAGUAUAUACUAGUAUGCGAAAGAUACAAACGGUAUGGAAUACAGAACACACGGUUCUGUUUAGAUUUUACAAAAGGUUAACUUCAGUUGCUUUUAAGAAUAAUUACAGAUGAAAAUCAGUACAAGGUUUGUCACUGAGUUCAAUGACCAUCAGUCUUGCAAUCGUGAGGUUACCGGUUCAAUUCCAUUGUGGGUCUCUGGCUCAGGGUUGUUUUCCUGCAACAGCUACAAGCAAAACAAACACAUUAUUUUCUAUUGCAGUUGUUUGCGAUUUCUGAACCCUUUUACUUAGUCAAAGAAUGCUUUAUAGGACGCACUUUUCCAAACCCAAUUUGCAUAAUCUGCGCUGGUUAUUGUUUCGUCAUUUCAUGACCCGCAAACACGUUAUCUAAUAAUGAUGACGAGCUGCUAGACAGCAAUAAUAGACAAACUCAGCAAGACAUUUUGCACACCACGUUGGUCCGAGCUUAGUUGAAUGAUCUGAAAAUGACUAAAAGCCAACUAAAAUAUUUUUCACCCAAAAAUGAAUUCCAACAUCGCGUGAUCUUGACCUCACAUAAUCGUACCGCAAACAAAAGUUCAGAAUUUGCGCAAAGACAAUGGACACCCUCCUGGAAGCGCUCGCUUUUAAUAUAGCUCGCCGCGCAAAAUGCUGAUUUAUAAAUAUAUUGACCUCUGCUAAGUUCAAGACUCAAGUAUCAAUGAAUUCAUGUCAACAAAAUGAUACUUGUUACUAUUAAAGAACCGAAACUAAUCUCUAACUAGCCUACGUGUCUUUGAGUUUAUUGUAUAUUGAUUAUUGAGUUUCCCACCCAUUGGUGAGCGGAUUUUCCAACACUAACAGGCUAUUGCCAAAUUGAUAGGGGAUCCGAGGUAUCCACGAUAUUAAAACGUCCUUAUCCAAUAACCAUUUAUUAAUGUCAAUGUAAAGGUAGCACUUUCUCCCAGACAUUCCAACUCUCCCGAUUUUACCGGGAGUCUCCCGAAAAUUCAUGCAAUCUCCCGAUCUCCCGAUUUUUCAGAAUAUUCAGGAAAUAUCAUAAAAAAAUAUAAAUAUACUGUUUUUAGCAACAUAAUAGUCUGUCUCGGACCUUUUUUGAAGUUACUUUAUGGCAAUUUAUAGGAUCAUUUAUAACAACAUAGUCCCAAAAUGCAGGAAACGCCAUUUCAGAAGACUUAAUUUUUAUUAUUUUUUCCCAGAAGAACUAGAUUUCAAUUCACUGAAAUUCCCUAAAUUUUACCUCCAGUAGUUGGAAUGUCUGUUCUCCUCAACUAUUUUACUCAUGAGUAGAGGUCCGACCAAGCAUUGAACCAAUUAGAUUUAACCAGGGUCUCACGGCUUGAAAGGCAAGCGUGGUGACAAUGAUACCACAAGGACUCAUGGUUAAAAUCAAUAAAUACACAAUCUAGUAAAUUUAGUACGAUGCAAUAUUACAGAGUCACAUACUGAAAUCUUUAAAAUCAGCUCGACAAUUCUGUAUUGUUUGCUAUCCCAGGAUUGGCAGGAAUCCGACUCAAAGUCUCUGGUUUAACAUGACUACUAGUAUUAGGACGCACAAUUGAGACACUCUGAAAUUUAUAAUAUGUUUAAAACGCAGAUUACACAGCACGUGUACGACAAACACAAAUAGACUGCGUAGCAGGACGAGGCAGGCUGAUCUGCCUAAGUCUAAGAAUGUCUCAGCAGUAUAGUACCGUGUGAUGCCACUUACAAAAAAGUUCAGCCCGGUGAGUCACGGAUAGGUAACUUUCCUAAAACAUUGCUAUUGGUUUAUAGUCGGCAGAAGGACCAGAUUUAUGAAUAAACGUUGGACGAACACAGUCACAGAUAAUGAUUAUAUUGUUUUUCUAAUGCGUUUCAUAGCCAUCUUCCCUUCGAUAAGCUAUGCUUCAACUAAUGUGAAUAAGCCAAUUCACGCAACUACAAUUUACGCGACUCAGAACGAGACUUGAACUAUAAUAACAUGCAACUCUGAAACUAGAAGAAUUUGAAUAUGCGCAUAAAAGUGUUCAACUGUUCAAUCAUCAAUAGAAAAUAUAAUCUUUAGUGGACCUUUCUUUAUUUUGCUCCACAAAGAAAGCAAAAUAUGCUAGUACAAAAAUUAUUUGAAAGUUCUACAGUAUUAUAAGUUCUUUGUAGGUUUGCAUGGCGAUAAAAACACAUAAUACUAUUGUUUGUGGAAACACCACGUAAAUUUAUUACUGCAAUUUUUCUACAGUAUUGUGGCCAUAAGUGGAUCGACCUUCCAGUCUAACAACUUGUCAUUUUGCGCAGUCGACUCUCAAUUGAUGAUUCCCCUUAUUACGUUUUCAUAGCGCUUUGCAUUGUGGUUAUAGUGGUAUAACUGAUAAAGGUGGCGGCCUCGAAUGAAAAUAUUGAAUGUUUUCGCGAAUAUUUUGCUGUUGGCUAUCGCGCACCUGACCCUAGCUUUUUUUAAAAGUUCUUGCACGGGUCAGGACAAAAAAUAAGCCAUCUUAAAUAUCAGUGAUACCACUAUAACCACAAUGCAAAGCGCUACGAAAACGUAAUAAGGGGAAUCUAGUAUUGGCUAAAAAUCUAAACUCAGUGGUUAAGCUCAUUUGCAUGUUAGGUUCGGCGCAUGUAAACUUCCACGUUUAAACCAAGGUUCUAAGCUUUACAGGAGAUUAUCCGAAGAGAAAACAAAACCAUUCAGCAUCAAUUGUUUAACAAGGCGUUGCAAUAACAUUUUAAAAUGUUUAUGAAAAUAUUUUUAGCAUUUUAUCUUCUAGUUUUUGUGGAUCUAAGUACAUCUUAUGUCACUUACAUUAUGCCUUAAUUCAAUUGCAUUUUGGACUGUAUUAACGAGUUAAACGUAUUAACAGAUAAAUAUACAUGCAUGCAUGCAUGGAUUAAAACACAAACCAAAACCAAGAACGACAUCACAUGCAUUGUUGCUUUGCAUGCAAAUAAAUAAUAAAAUAAAUUUAACUCAUCUUUAGUUUACAGUUUAAGAAAAAAUUCAAUGCAAGCAAAGAAACCAUAUUACGUCCAGAAAGCCAGCUUGCAUUAAUUUCCAUGUCGAAAUGAAACAAACAACCUAAUUUACUUAGAACCCCGCUAAGUUUCUUAAUGCCUUGAAUUUUUUCCAAACCAAAAAAGUUGGCAAGAAUUAAAAACUCCCGUGUGAAUAGCGGGACAUCAUUGAGCACUUAUAUUCAAUUAAUGAAUAAUCAAAUUUAAAUUGUCUAUUUCCAGAACAAUCUCAGGCAUCCGAUGCAGGCAGUAUUCUACAUUUAUACAUGAAAUUAAGACUAAAAACACGUCUCCCUUAAUAAGGGGGGAGUACACCUGAAAAAUAGGGCGAUAUAAAAUGUUUUAUAUUUGCACAAGGUUACAUCCAAACCCCCACAAACUAUAUAUUAGUAGAAAGCUUAGAACCUGGAGAUUCAGAAAAAAAAAAUUUCAAACAGUGAAAAGCUGUAUUAAGGUGGCUCUGCACCGUUCAUCAAAUUUUCGGUUUAGCUUUAUUCAAGAAAAGAUUGCACUAGCUGUGUAUUAUGAAAUUUGAUUAUUUAUACAUUUUUUAAAUACUUACAUAGGGAUGAUUGUUUUAAGCAUAGAGAAUUUUGAUUGACAAAAAAGAAAAAAAGUUAUGGGUUUGGGAAGUUAGGCGUCAAAUUUUUAAAAGGUAAAAAUUGUAGUAACUUUUGAUAUUUUUACUCAAUCAAAAAUCUCUAUGCUUAAAACACAAAGCUAAGUGAGAGGAGCAUUCUCUGAAAAUUUCAGUGCAAUCCAAUAAAUUGUUAUCGAGAUAUCUUUUCUCAAAGUCUAAAAUAUCCGAAAAUGAGAAAAAUGAGUUUAAAGUCUCUUGUAUCGAAAACACUUGAUUUUUCAUACAUUUUGAAAAUCUUAAGCCUGGAUAAUUUAAAUCCUACCAUUUACUUGGUGUUUUAAAAAGUUUUGUUACAGUUUAAAAUCCUCUAGCCUCUUUAUGUCACUCCUUCAGCUUCCCAAAUAGCUUCUUCCCGUUGCGUUCAAAUCAGUUUCUCUCCUUGGCGUCGUUUCUUCUCUUUUUCAGUUGCCUGUAAAAUCAGAUUUCUUCAUUCGCUGCACAUCGAUCUUGCAUCACAAGCUUGUUUUGUUUUACCCCCAGAGUGAAUGGACAGCUGUUUCAUAACACCAAGUCGACUCUUUGCUCCAAUAUGGAAGUGGGGGGAUAGCGGCAGCUACAGGACAUCGCACUGCUUUGCGGCCAUGUUGUUUAUGCUUUGGAUACUUAGCCCAAGCUAGAGCAUUCAAACUGCCAUUUUGUUUUUCAGUUGUGCCAAGAACACACCUUUGAAGCAACUGUGUUUGACUAAGAGAAAUGACCAACACUCCACUUUCAUCUUCUUCCAAAGUUAAAUUUCCUAAAGAAAUGUUCAUUAACAUUUUUAAAACAAUUGACACAUAUAUGUACUGUAUAUUGCAACUGUUUACAUGUUACACUUGCAACUGUUUGCAUGUUACACAACAAAUAUAUACAACUUUUGUUGCAGAAUAGAUAUAAAAGGAGUUUGCAGGAGUACAAUUUAAACCAUAUGUUAUAUUAAACCAGUUUUGAAGGAUAAGGUAUAAAACACAAAGGGCAAAUUCUUACCUUCCUCACACAUGUGUUGAAUAUUUGAGACAGCAUAAUUGGAUUGGCAGCCUGUAUUCGGGGAUAUUUUCUUCGGUAUAAUUAUCACUAUUGUCAUUUCUGAUUUCACAUCGUAAUUUUCUUGAAGUUCCAAUAACAUUAUUUUGGUUUGAGCCAUCAACAUUGUCUAUUUGGAGAUUCACACGUGGGAUCAUCAUUACUCAUAUUUUGAUCUCGUCUGGAGUCACGAUCUUGGUGUCUUUGCUUACCAGAAAACCUCUUUCCCUUCCUUUUUCGCUUGUAUUAAGAAGAUCUACUCUUCGUACCGGUUAUUGUUAUGAUUUGAAGAAAAGAGAUACAUUUCUUGGCCUUCAAUUCGCAUUGUUUUUGCUUCAACAUGCAUCGACGUACACAAUUCAUUGCAUCAACAAAUAUCAGACUCAAAUUCAAACAGGAGCCCGCGAUGUAAUAGCAAUGCAGGGACGUCAUGUACCACAAUAUAUAGUGUACUUGCUAUACACAUGCUAAUUUGGGCAGUUUCAGCCGAACAAUGGGCAAAAAAUAUAAAAGAGUAAUUUUAACCCAUAAUCGCUACUCUUCACGUUACCAUGACAACAUGACGUCACCAUCUAUAUGGCCGAUAUCAACCAAAAAAGCCGUCUUAGUGGACAAAUAAGCACGGUGACCUACCUUUUUUAUUGCAGAAAAUACAUUGUUAUGAAGUUUUGAAUCUUUUUUGAAAAUUAUUUGAAAAUCGCCAGUGUAAUUUUCAAGAAACUAAAUUUCAGCCUUUAAAUUCAGUUUCUCGAAAACUACACUGGCGAUUUUCAAAUAACUUUCAAAAAAGAUUCAAAACUUCAUAACAAUGUAUUUUCUGCAAUAAAAAAGGUAGGUCACCGUGCUUAUUUGUCCGCUAAGACGGCUUUUUUGGUUGAUAUAGGCCAUAUAGAUGGUGACGUCAUGUUGUCAUGGUAACAUGAAGAGUAGCGAUUGUGGGUUAAAAUUACUCUUUUAUAUAAGAGGAAACAAUCGCUUGGGCAAAAAAUCAGUUUUUUUUAAAUUCAAAUUAAUUAAAUAGGUUUUAGUUUAAAACACUGACAUAUAUUGGAAACUGUAGGGAGCCUCCUUAAUACUAUAGCUUUCUUCAUGCACGAUACAACUCUAAACCGUUUCCCCCUAGUCCUAGAGAUCCAGUAAGGGUCAUCUCUGACUUAUUGAUCCAGUGUUACUACAGGAGGAAGCACAAGCUAGACUAACUUUGUUUAUAUUGGAUAGCUCUAUCAGUUCAAAAUUGUUCUCCCUAGAGGUCCACUAAGGAUAAUCUCUUGUUGGUCCAGUGUUGCUAUAGGACGAAGCAUAAUUAACUAAACUAAAUUUAGUUGUACUGGAUAGCUGUAUCAGUUCUAAACUGUUCUCCCUAACGGUCCAGUAAUGAUCAUCUCUUAUUGCUCCAGUGUUACAACAGGAGGAAACCUAAACUACAUUAACUGUAUUUAUACUGGAUAUAUCAUUUCUAAACUGUUUUCCCCAGGAAUCCAAUACGGGUCAUCUCUUACAAGUACAGUGUUACUACAGGAAGAAACAUGAAUUAAAAUACUAAUUCUAACUUUGUUUAUGCUGGACAGUCUAUACCAGCUCUCAUCUCUUCUUCCUAUUGAGACCCAGCUGUAAGGAUCAUCUCUUAAAACACUGGAGUAACAAAACCUGUAGUGUUUGGUAGAGUCAAACUCGAAGGACUCUUUCCACAUGCAUGUUGUGACUGAAGCGAAGACAAGUAUAACCACACAUUGCAGUAAUCGAACCCUUGUUAUGGCCAUGUGAAAGGCACGUGCACUGACCUGCGCUACAAUAGUAAUGGUUUUAUAAUCUUUUAGCAGAAGUACAGUACGAGGACCAUACAGAUCCCUUUCCGGCGGAAGACAGAAUUGGUAAGCGCUUAGGUUUACAGUUGGCAAUAAUUUUAGGAUUUAUGGACUGGAUUUAGAUUAGAUUUAAUUUGGGAAGAGAUUCAUGGAUUAAUUCUAGGAUUAUAGGAUUAGGCGAGUGUGUGGUAUCAAGUUGAGCGGUUCCACCACAGCGGGCACCACUGAUAUCGAGUCACAAGAGCACAAACCCUGGGUAUGAGCAUACGAGGUUAAAUGAAGCCAGAGGUCAGAUAUUACUAAUGACGAAACCGAUAACCGCCUUAAUUAAAUAUUGAAACGUUUUGAAACGAGAUUUAAGUUAGACUCGAAACUCAUAAAAUCACCAGAAAUUUUACUACCUGCAAUGGACCACCAUGAUUGAGAUAACUUUUAAUUUAGGUAAUUCGGACACUAAUCAAGGAAGCUUAUUGUAGAAUACUACCUACACAGAAUCACUAUGUUUGAGAUCAUUUUUCAGGUAGUUCAGACACAAACCACGACAGUUUAUUGCAGAAUACUACCUACACUGGACCACUAAGUUUGAGAUAUCUUUUUCAGGUAGUUCAGACACUAACCACGACAGUUUAUUGUAGAAUCCUACCUACACUGGACCACCACGUUUAAGAUAUCUUUUUCAGGUAGUUCAGACAUUAACCAUGCACGACAGUUUAUUGUAGAAUUUUACCUACACUGGACAACCAUCUUUGAGAGAUCUUUUAAUUUCCAGGUAGUAAUAGGCACAAACCCCGGACAAUAUUCUAACUCAGUUUUGUCCCCUUAUAUCAACUCUCAUAUUCCACUGUUAAUAUACGAUAGAGGGUAACAUAUUAAACAAAAUCAAUUUUAAUUUCCAGAUUGCGAAGAUCGAAUGAAGGACGCAAGGAGGUGUGUAUUUGAAAAGGCAAGAAGAGGUUGUCGAAGUCAGCUGAUGCAAACAUUUUGUGCCAAGACUUGUCACUUUUGUCGUAAGUAUAAUACUUUUAUGUAAGUUCAAUGGCUUUCGCUAAUAAUUUCAAAGCCAUCCUCCAGGGCAGUCGCUAAGGGGAGAGGGCGGGGUGUUGGAGUGUCACUCCCCCCCCCCCCGCCCACGAAAAUUAGUUUUCAUAUGAAAGGUAUCUGUCGGUUGUAAACUCGUAGACGACAGAACGUCGGUAUUUUGUGGGUGUGGGAUCUUUCAUAGAGACAUGCUUUUUUUAUGUUUUUAAGUACAAUGUUUUUCGGAGCUUUUUUUAAAUGUUUUUUACAAUGAUUUUUUAAUAAUGUUUAUUUUUCAACCUAUAGAUAAAAAAGCUCCUGCCCCUCCAAAAGUUGUGGACUGCAAAGAAACGACAUAUGGGUGUUGCUGGGACGGCGAGUCAACCCAAAAAAGUUAUGAUGGGGAAGGCUGCCCUCCUUGUGAGGAUAACAGAAUAUUUGCUGCCUUAUGUGGCAUAUGGGAAAAACAUUGUCAUAAUACAUCCAAUCCUAUUGAACAUAAUCUAGUCAAGCAGCAGUGUCAUCGAACAUGCAAUAACUGUUUCAGUAAGUUGAAGUAUAUAGUUCUCAUUAAUAAGGGGUGUACAGUAAUCGUUUCUUAGCUGAAUGCUACAUUAUGAAGGACGCAGUGACCGAGUCAAAACUGGCUCUAUAAAAGACGUCUUUUGUUCCUAAAGUUUGUUGCAAAUGAAAACGCUGUUUUGGUGCAAUUAACUUCUUUAAGAGUGGGAUUUGAAACAGUACUAUUGAUAAUUUAAUGAUCACGAAUCAUAUGAAAAUUAGGUGGUUUCUAGGGAACCCGCAGUAUUUUGCAGAUGUUGAAGGGUUUAGUUCCAUCGGGUGAGAUGGCCAAAAUCAUGAUAUUCACUUGAAUCAGCUUAGUAUAUAUAACAUAAGCUCGACAACUCACCUCUGUAGCUCAGUUGGUUAGAGCGCUUCACCGGAAUCGCAGGGCGGCAGAUUCGAUUUCUCCCAGAGGGGCUUAGGUCUAAAUAUGUAUAAAAUUCUACAAAAAUCCUACAACAUGUGGUUCUAUUGAAUGAGGUGCCCAAAAUCCUGGAGUUGGUAGAAUCUACGUUGGUCAUUUUAUUUGAAAAUGGGGGGGGGGGGGAGUUAAGGUAUUCGGCCAGGACUAGGAAUCAAACAGCUGUCACAGAGGUGAAAGGCAUAUGGACUAACUACUACACCGUUAUUAAAAAGUACAUCAUUAAUUAUAUGUUUUCUUAUUUUUCAGUUCCCAAAUCAACAGAACAAACUAAAGUGACCAAGACGCUCCCCCCUGCUAUCGGUCAUUUCGCCAACUCGGAUGACUCCCCCCGGCGUGGAGCUAUUUAUGUUUGGACGAAACUUGUGAAUCCUUUCGCCACAUAUGAUAGACAAUAAUUUGACUAUAUAUAACACACGAGGCAUGGCCUCAGGGGGUGGGGUUGGGGGGGGGGGGGUUGGGCUGGGGCAAAGUCUGCUGUAACGAACUCUCCAUAUAACUGGAGUUACAGUUCGUAGAUACAUGCACAUAUAGUCUAUGAAGAUAUGAUGGUCUGGAAGCCCGGUAAAGUUCAAAGCCACAAAAAAGAAGGCGCUCUUUACAUGUUGAACUGCACCUCACCAUACACAAAUCUUUUGUCUCAACUCCAUUCUUUCCAGACCAUCAUAUCUUGAUAGACUAUGAUGCACAGAAUUUCCUUGACAAGUUCUUUGUAGUGUCCAAUUGUGCCUUUUGGUCUUUGGAAGACCACGCAAGGAAGUGAAAUUGUCGUCCUAUAUAAUAUUCGCUAGAUUUGGUUUCACUUUGCACAAUUACACAUGACCUCUUACAGACAAAUUGUUUUAAAGAUGAUGUACAAUCCCGCUUGCGCAUGUGCGAGAUUUUGUUGAUAUUAAAGUGCGUUCACAGCGUUACACUGCUUUAUAUCCUGUAUUACAAAGCACUUACACAGCUGGUGAUAUAAAUUAAAGGGAAAUAACAAUAAAAACUAAGCUUCUUCCAUAUGGUAGAGGGAUUCAAUAUAUUUCUGUACCUUUUUAAAGGUUUUCUGUAUCGUUCUUGGUAUAAAAUAUAUUACACUUCAUUUCAAACAAAACAUUAUGCAUUCCGGCAUCUUGAAUAUGCAUAUCCAUCGUCGGGGGCACACUGAGUGAGGGGCAUCGCAAUCUUCAUAUCAGGGAAAAAAGGAAUGCGGCUAUUGGGGGGUAAAUUCAAGUCCCGGAUGUGUACUCAUGAUCCCAUUGGUGGGGAAUUUCAAUUUAACCAAUGAGAGCAUGAUUUUAUAUCCGGGACCUCAAUCUGCCCCCCAUUAACUGCGUUCCCAAAUUUUAUCCUCGAUGCCUUUUCUAAUGUAAUUUAUAAUCUCGACGGUUGGAUAUGCGUGACGUCACAACCAGGGUAACAUUAUUUUGCAUCUUGAGCAACUCUGAGGUCAUUUCAAUGAUAAAUCCAAAUUUUUUACUAUUGCCUAUUCUAAAAUUAAAACACAAUUAUAUAUAUUUUUUAAAAUGCCUAGUUGUGACGUCAUUUAAUUCGAUCCAAUUAUAAAACAAGAUGGCUGAUGGCAGGAUAUUUUGGUUUUCAAAUUUCUCGAAAACUAAGACAGUUUGGGAGAAUCUAUAGAAAGGAUUUGUAAAUAAUCUUAACAUUCUUUCAAAGGGUUUAGCAAUUUUCGAGAUAUCUGUAAUACAUUUUUGUGUAGAGUUUGCUCAGGGAAAUACGAUUGUACAUCAUUUUUAAUUAUUGGCCUUUUCAAAAAAACUGAUUCUGAUAAAUUACCCCAAAGUACAUACGGGUGUAAAUGGGGCUUGGAUGACGGCUUAUAAAGUGCGUGCUAAAAUGUCCCCCCGCAUGUCAAUGAACUUUCUAUAAUGUACAGUAUGUCAGUAUAUAUUAAAACUAUAUAGUACGAGUAAAAUAGACUAGCUUAAAACUUGUAAUCUAAAAAUAAAAUUUGAAAUAAAAUAGUAGUUUUGCG